AUGGUCAUUGGGCCCCGCGACAGCGAGGUGGGAAACCCUGAAGCCGCUUCGGACCUUUAUGGCCUGGGCGUGCGGGUCGGAAUCUACCUCCAGGCCUUCGGCACCUACUUUUAUAUCCUUCGCUCCCAAGCAGGUGGAACCAAGCUCACAAGCUCCGGCCUCAUGAUCGCGAUGCUGGCCUCGUGGUCUAUACUUGUCAGUCGCGACUCCAUCAGCCCGGCUGAGGCGCUGGCGAUCCACACUAUCGCUAGUGUGCCUGGUGCUCCUGCUGUCAUGGCCUCGUUUGCAUCCAACGCUACCGUUGGUGAGGGCACUGGGAUCCUGGCAAUCGCUAUUGCUGUAGCGUGGCGCGAUGUUGCGAUGCUUGCUUUCUGGGCGAAGCUCUACCGGUUGCUUCCAAGCUUGGGUACGCCGAAUAAGACCUGGUUCUUUGUGCAGGUCGAUAUUGACGGCUGGUUUCGCAUAUUUUCGCUCGUCAUGACCGUCACGAGCGUCCUCAACUUAUUCACAUUCCUGCCAGUCCUCUGGAAGGUAAUGAAGCUUUGUAUCAACAGCUACUGGCAUGGCUCACGUCCCGAAGAAGAUGAUGAGCCAUUGUCGGACCUUAGGAGGUUAAUUUGGAUAGUGCUCUGCGUCAUGAUCCCUGGUCUUUUGGCAAUCACAAUCGCCUUGGUGGAGAUGACGAUCAAGUACAACCACCUGACGCCCGCGGUGGACAUGACGAAGGCGGGACAGGCAAUUCCGUUGGCCGUAGGCAUCAUUACGUUUUUAGAUGGAUUUCUAGUGCUUGUUAGGCCGAAGAGGUCCUCAAGCAGAAACGCGAUCUGA